AUGAAAGAGUCGUGCAGGUGCGGGGCGGAAGGCCGGCGGCAGUACAACGGAGGGCUAGCAGGCAGGUGGGACGAGGAGAGGGGCGCGCUUUCGCAGGCGGAGCCCCAGGCAAGAAGACGGCUGCGGCUUGGCGUGGUGAUGCUGCGGGAGCUGCUCGAGGUGCCCGGGCUGCUGCUCUCCAUCGGCUCCGCGCUGGGCGUGGCCUCCGCCCGUCUGCUCACCGCCGCGUCGCGGAGCCACGGCGCGGGGAUGCGCUCCACGCUGCCGUCGCUGGUGGCGAGGCUGCCUCCGUCCGUCCACAUCUUCGGCGGCCACACCGUGCUGGGCAGCCCGCUGCCCACGGUGGAGCGCCUUAUCCUGCGCGACGAGCGCUGGGACGCGCUGCCGCCCAUGAGCGUCGGGAGGCACAGCAGCGCCGCGGCCACGAUGGGGGGGCGGAUCUACGUCGCCGGUGGCAACAGCGGGCAGCAGGUGCUCAACGUGGUCGAGAGCUUCGACUGCACCAGGGGCUGCUGGGAGCCGAUCCCGCCGAUGCCCACGGCGCGCCACCGCUGCGCCGCGGCGGUUGCAGGAGGCCGCUUCUGCGUGCUCGGCGGCGAGGGCCGGCGGGCCGUGGCGGUGGUGGAGGGCUUCGAUCCGGCCCUGCAGGAGUGGGAGACCCUGCCCCACAUGUCGAUGGAGCGGACGAGCUGCGCCGCCGCGAGCCUUGCUGGGCGGAUGUACGUCGUUGGUGGAGCCGACAGCGUCGGCCAUGCCUCUGCGUCGGCGGAGUGCUACGAUUCGUCCAGCCGGCAGUGGCUGCGGCUGCCCUGGAUGACGACCGCGAGGGAGUUCUGCGCGGCCGCGGCGGCGAACGGAAGGCUCUUCGUCAUCGGCGGCCGCCUGAGCCUCUGGGGUACGCUGGCGUCCGUCGAGUGCUACGAUCCCAUGGUGGGCUACUGGGUGCUGCAGAGCCCCAUGCCCGAGGAGCGGAGCAGGCACGCCGCGGUCGUGGCGGGCGGCCGCAUCUACGUGCUCGGAGGCAGCGACGCCCGCUUCGAGGCCCUGUCGGCCGCCGCCUGCUUCGACCCGCUCGCGGGGCGGUGGUACUCCCUGGCGCCAGCGCCCACGGCGCGCGUUGCCUGCGCGGCGGCGGCUGCUUGGUCUUGA